CUGUUUUCUCCUAAGAUCUUCUUUUCUGACUCUCAUUUAAAGUCCUGGCUUUCAAAUACUUUUUUCACACUCGUUUGACAUUAGACCCUUUCGUUUACUCUACUCUCCAGUCAAACUAACACACUGGGCAAGCUGGAAUUUGAAGACACCACCUUCCUUGGCACAGGCCAACCUCCAUGCCCUCCUUUCCCUUCCUCUUUUUUGCCUUUGGGCAUCCUAGCUCCUCUUCCCCCUCCCCCUCCCCCCCACCAAAUUCUGGUCAGGAGCCACCCCCUACAGACUAGGAAUCACUUUCUAUUUACUCUGUACACACACACACACACACUGUAUCCUCUACUUGUUUCUCCUCCGGAACCUUGUAAAUUUCUCUAGGCCAUAAGCUGUCUCUUUUUUAUUUCUUGUUGCCUUUGUAUCGUACCGGCUGGUACCAGUGCGCCUAGGCUUUUUUAGAGGUUGGCUCAAUCGAUCCACGAACAGAUACUGAGCUCCCCAUCCGUGCCAGGACGAAAGGACGGCCGUUGUUACAGCUGGGAGAGCGGGACUAGUGCGCGGAAGACCGUGAGGGCCACCCACAGCCCUUCCGAUCCGGAACCGUAACCCUUUUCCCACCGCCCCGCUCCGGGGUCUCCGGCAGCUGGCUUUGCAAGCCUCGGGGCGCUCGUUCCACACUGUUUUGUGUUACGGGUUAUUUGUAUACACGGUUCCUUUCCUUCCCCCCUCUGGCUCCCUCUGCGCGAGCACGGGCCUUAAGCCGUGGCUGGAGACAGGGGAGAGGGAGGGGGUCAAGGGCCAGGUUUCCUUUCCCGGCCUGGCCCUUCUCCGUCAGGCCGCCGUACGAUGGCGUACGUGCGGCCAGAGACCACAACAUGGCGGCAGUGCCCCUCCAGGGCCUAGUUCCCUCGGUUGCCGUCGUCGUGCUUUCAGCCAAUGAGGAGGCGUCUCGGUUGGCGGGAAGCGGCCUCCUACCGCCAGGGGGCGUCUUGGCAGGGAAGCCAAAGGAGAGGAGUCGUAGUCGCCGCCGCUACCGCCGCCGCUGCUGGGGUGGGAACCUCUAGAGAAGACACCUCAGCGCCCCGCAGCGCUACGCCCGAUCCCCCGCGGUCUCCGUCUCCUGCUCCAUCCCCGGACCGGCUCGCUCGGACGCAGCAGAGGGUGAAUCUAGAAAUUGGAUGUGCAGGAUAACAUGUCCAAUGUUUCUGAGGACAGAAGAAACAGGCAACAGGAUAUUAAGAAAGGACUGCAGUUUAUACAGUCACCUUUGCCAUACCGAGGAACACAAGAACAGUAUGAGGUGUUUUUAUGGACACUUAUAAAAAAUCUCUUUAAUGAAGGAAAUGAUAUAUAUCAAGAUUGUGACUGGAAUGGCUCAUUAAGUCAGUAUACAGAAGCUUUAAACAUAGCUGAUUAUGCAAGAUCAGAAGAAAUUGCAAUUUCUAAUGAAAUAUUAGAAAAACUGCAUAUAAAUCGUAUUGCAUGUUAUUCAAAUAUGGGAUUGAAUGAUAAAGUUCUAGAAGACUGUGAUAAAGUUUUAAGUUUAAAUCUUAAUAACUGUAGAGCUCUCUAUCGGAAAGCUAAAGCCUUAAGUGAUUUAGGAAGAUAUAAAGAAGCUUAUGAUGCAAUAGCAAAAUGUUCCUUGGCAGUACCUCAGGAUGAGUGUGUAAUAAAACUAACUCAAGAACUAGCCCAGAAAUUAGGAUUUAAAAUAAGAAAAGCAUAUGUCAGAGCAAAGUUCUCAAAUUCAGUUCCGGGGGAAGUAGCAACUAAGUGUUUAAAGAGCUCUAUAGAAGACAUAGAGUUAGAUUUGUCAGAUCCAAAGCAAGAAGCUGCUCCUGUUAUUUCUCUUCUCCCUCCUGACUUUGCUCCUGAAUUAUCAAAUGAAUUAGCUUCACUUCCUAUUACAUCUUUAACUCCUGUUUUACCAUUACAAAUGGAAAAAAGUCCUCUGCCUUCUGCCAUGUUGGCAAAUGGGGGAAAGAUUUCCUUUACUUUGUCUGAAGCAUACUUAGAUGAUGGAGAUAUUGUCCUUGGUGAUGAAAUAGAUGAACUACUUGAUUCUGCACCAGAAGCUGAUGAAACUGUUUUGACAGCCACAGUAGUCAGAGGAUCCAUUCCAACGUCUAGUGUUACUCCUAGUAUACCUUUUUCUGCACCUUUAUUAGGAACGUGUGCAGGGUAUGUUCCUGCAUCUUCCUUUUCAGAAAUAUAUCCACAGCCUUUGACUUCAUCAUUGGAAGAUUUUUGUUCUUCUUUAAAUACAUUUUCAAUGACUGAUUCCAAAAGAGAUCUGCCCACAUCAACAUCUAGAGAGGGAGCAUUGCUUAACAACAAUAAUUCUUCCAUUUUACUUAUGAAUGGACCAGCUAGUUUGUUUGCUUCUGAGAGUUUCCUGGGAAUUUCAAGUCAACCUAGAAAUGAUUUUGGAAAUGUUUUUAGUAGUGGAUCUCCUAAAGUAUCUUCAACUGUAGCUGGAAGAAAUCCACUUGAAGGAACUCAUGAAUUACGCCAAGCGUGUCAACUCUGUUUUUUAAAAUCAGGUCCUAAAUUAAUGGAUUAUACCUACCUUCCUACAUUAGAUCAUAAAUGUAAAAAGGACAUUUUAAUUGGUAGAAUAAAGAAUAUUGAAGAUAAAUCAUGGAAAAAAAUACGUCCACGACCAACAAAGACAAAUUAUGAAGGGCCUUAUUAUAUAUGUAAAGAUGUUGCUGCUGAGGAAGAGUGUAGAUAUCCAGGUCAUUGCACUUUUGCCUAUUGCCAAGAAGAGAUUGAUGUGUGGACACUGGAACGAAAAGGUGCAUUUAGUCGAGAGGCUCUUUUUGGUGGCAGUGGAAAGAUAAAUUUCACAGUGUUCAAACUUCUUCAAGAACAUCAUGGAGAAUUUAUAUUCCUUUGUGAGAAAUGUUUUGAUCAUAAACCUCGAAUAAUAAGCAGAAGAAAUAAAGACGUUUCUUCUUCUUGCUCUCACCCAGUUACAAAGCAUGAAUUUGAUGACAACAAAUGCCUUGUUCACAUUUUACGAGAAACUUCAGUCAAGUAUUCUAAAAUCCGUGCUUUCCAUAGUCAGUGUCAACUUGAUCUGUGUCGUCAUGAAGUUCGCUAUGGCUGCUUAAGGGAAGAUGAGUGUUACUAUGCACACAGUCUUGUGGAAUUAAAAGUCUGGAUAAUACAAAAAGAAACAGGUAUAACACAUGAUGCCAUUGCUCAGGAAUCUAAGCAAUAUUGGCAAAACGUGGAAGCAAAAGCACCUGGAGCACAGGUCCCCGGAAACCAAAUAAAAUAUGGAUCUCUUAAUUUAAAGAUAAAAUUUGUAUGUGCCCAGUGUUUGAGAAAUGGUCAAGUCAUUGAGCCAGAUAAAAACAGAAAAUAUUGUAGUGCUAAAGCAAGGCAUUCGUGGACCAAAGACCGUCGAGCGAUGAGAGUGAUGUCUAAUGAACGUAAGAAGUGGAUGAACAUCCGUCCUCUUCCCACAAAGAAACAAAUGCCUUUACAGUUUGAUUUGUGCAAUCAUAUUGCCUCUGGCAAGAAAUGCCAGUAUGUUGGAAAUUGUUCAUUUGCUCAUAGUCCUGAGGAGAGAGAAGUUUGGACUUAUAUGAAAGAGAAUGGAAUACAAGAUAUGGAGCAAUUUUAUGAUAUUUGGCUAAAGAGUCAAAAACCUGAAAAAACUGAUGAUGUAGCUGGCCAGUCAAAUAAGGAAAAUGGGAAACAAAUUCACAUGCCAACAGAUUAUGCUGAAGUUUCUGUAGACUUUCACUGCUGGCUGUGUGGGAAAAAUUGUAAUAGUGAGAAACAGUGGCAAGGUCACAUUUCUUCAGAGAAGCACAAAGAGAAGGUUUUCCACACAGAAGAUGACCAAUACUGCUGGCAGCACCGUUUCCCAACAGGAUAUUUUAGUAUUUGUGAUAGAUAUGUGGCUGGUACUUGCACCGAAGGAAACACCUGUAAAUUUGCCCAUGGAAAUGCUGAACUUCAUGAAUGGCAAGAACGAAGAGAUGUUCUAAAGAUGAAGCUUAGCAAAGCCAGAAAAGAUCACUUGAUUGCACCAAAUGAUAAUGACUUUGGAAAAUAUAGUUUUUUGUUUAAAGAUUUAAACUAAUACUAAAAGUGAUAUGUUUCCUAAUCAAAGCAUCAACCUGAAAAUUUCAAAGUAUUCAAAAGCAUGUAGCAGAGAAGCUGCAAGUUUUCUGCUUGUAUUGGCAUAUAUAUUGUUCCUCCUGAACAACAUUCUACAGUGGUUAUGAAAAUGGGGUGUUUAACAGAUCUGGCUGAGCCGUCAUGAAACCAGAUGGUAAAGUGACAGGCUGCCAUAAAGUAUGCCCGAUUUGCCAUCUGUUGAACAUAAUUUUGGAUGGAAGGUUGUUAGGGGGGAAAAGGAUGAGGAAAAGGAAAACCUCUCUUGAGUUGGUCCUUAAGCUGAGACCUUUAAGGUAAGAUAAUAAACCAGUGUUCUGGAAUAAGAAGACAAUGAUGGAUGAAAUAAUAUAAGUGUUUUAAUGGAAAGAGUCUGUUUAAAAAGAAAUAAAGUUUGCUACUUAUCUGUAUGUAGGUUGCUUAAAAGGAUUUUCUUAAUAAAGAUUUUAAGCAAAAUAACCAUUUAACACUAGUAUAUGUUGAAUGGGGUAUUUUUUCUCUAUUUGUAUGUUUCACUAUCACUUACCGAAAAGAAUCUUGAAGAAAAUGUGCACUAAGAAUUUUUGGAAAAUUGGCUGAAAUUUUGAUUUUUUUGGUCUUUGCUGUUAAAUGAUUUUGAAAGAUUUUACUUGUAUUGUUGGUAUUGUGUAUUGUAUGGACCAAUAUUGCCUGUUAUAAAACUUUAUAUAAAUGCCUUUUUGGGGGGAGGAGGGACCAGUCCUUUUUAAUGAAAGUAUUGAGGAAAUAUUUUAUUUUCCUAUUCAACAUUAAGGUUCCUCAAUUUUUUUUUGUAGUCAGGAAAUUAUGUACUAAAUGCUUAAACAUUACCUGCCUUUUUGAAUGGAUACUUUUUCUUUCUGUAUGCUUUCCUUUUGAAUAAGAAUCUUCUGUGUUAUUGACUUACAUGCAGUUUCUUAUAUUAGCUAUAGUGCUGUUUCAUGUUUUAUCCUAAAAGGAAUGCAUGAUGUCUCUGAAAAGGUGAAACUCAAUAUUAUGUCAUCUUUAGCUUUUAGUACCAACUUUCAUAUCGAUUUAUGAAGCCAUCUUAUCCAUGCUAUUUUGAAAUAAAGCAGUAAUGUAAUUAAAAUAAACUACUUCUCACUGCUAAA